AUGGUCCCUAUGCAACCAACAAGUAUCUUGAAACUAAAGUUUACCAAAGAAAUUGUAACAGGUCCCUCAGAGUCGUCGCCGCCAGCGCCAUCUUUCUUUCCUUCUUUCACCUCUCAGACAGAAACAUGUGGUGAGUGUCCGCAGUUACGUCCGUUUUAUCCAAAAAUCAGUGAAGUUCUGCACAAUGGAGGAAGUUCAUUAUUAGAAUACAAUCCAGAGGAAAUGAGAAAGAGACUCGUGAAGCUAAGAAAUGGUGGAAGUGUUGGAUGGAAGAAAUAUCGGGCGAAUAAUUUUAAUGUUUACAUGGUGUUGGGAUCCAUGUCGGCGAGAGGCCGAAACACACGAGAUCAUUUCCUAACGUGUUCGUAUCUCUGCUUGUUCAAGAAGUAUCCAUAUGAGUGGGGACUGGAAUUUACUGGAGUACCUCUCCUAUAUCAGUUGGAAUUGGGUAGAUAUCUUUAUAAUGUAAAUGUACUUCCCCUUUCAAAGAAUCUCCUCCUUUGGGAUGUGUAUUUGGGUUUCAGGGAUUUUGGGGGCAGACAAUUAAAUGUGUAUUUGUAUUACAAACGAGGACCAAAGCACCACUGCAAGCGGGUGUGCCCCAAGUCAUGGCUCCUGGACAAGUUGGGAGGUGUCUUUGCCCCCAGACCCUCCACUGGCCCUCACAAGAGGCGUGAGUGCCUUCCCCUUGUCAUCCUGCUACGUAACCGACUCAAGUACGCACUCACCAACGAUGAGGUCAAGAAGAUCACCAUGCAGAGGCUUAUCCGUGUUGAUGGCAAGAUCCGCACGGACAAGAACUACCCCACUGGGUUCAUGGAUGUGGUGAGCAUCCAGAAGACUGGGGAACACUUCCGUAUCCUUUAUGACGUUAAGGGUCGUUUCAUUGCUCACCGCAUCACUGAUGAGGAAGCCAAGUACAAGCUUUGCAAGGUUACAAAGGUUUGUGUUGGCCCCAAGAAGGUCCCUUACCUGACGACCUCGGAUGGCCGCACCCUGCGCUACCCUGACCCCAUCAUUAAGAUCAAUGACUCCAUCCUCUUUGAUCUUGAGAAGAAGAAGAUGAAGGAUUUGAUCAAGUUUGAUACAGGCAACCUCUGCAUGAUCACAUCUGGUUGUAACAUGGGUCGUGUGGGCACCAUUGUGUCCCGUGAGCGUCAUGCUGGUAGCUUCGAUAUUGUUCAUGUUAAGGAUUCUGUUGGCCACACCUUCGCCACCAGGUUGAACAACGUGUUCGUGAUCGGCAAGGGCACCAAGGCAUACAUCUCCCUUCCAAGAGGCAAGGGUGUGAAGCUCAGCAUUGCUGAGGAGCGCGACCGCAGGCUGGCUCAGAAGAUUAACUAAAUAAAAAUCUCUAAGUGAAAAA